CGCGCCGGAACGCGGAUCGGCUCGCGCGCGGUUCCCGGAAGCCGCUCGUUCCUGGGGCCCCUGCGUUUCGCCGGGGUCUUUUUUGUAAGGUUUACCUCUGACGUCACGGCCCCGCCCACUCAAGUUCUGUUUGAUCGCUGCGCGCUGUUGACAGAGAGCUGCCGCGAACUCGUGCUCGGAGGCGAUUAAACGGCGUUAAGCGGCAGCGGGCUGUCGUUAUUCGGUUACCGGGGGGGCUCGGCGGGCUAUCGCUUUAAACAUGUUCACCUAACCCAUCCCGAGCGAUAGUAAUGUGCUCACGAGUUCGUGAGGCGGCCGAUUGUCAUUUUGACUUAGCUCGCGUUCGCUUAGCCGCCACAGGCUAAUUAAUUAAGCCGUAGUCUGAGGUAAAUAUCCGCUCCGAAUCAUCGGAAACGCGACGAAAACGUCCAGAACGCCGACCCACAGCGAGGACCAGUGCUGUUUCGUCGUGCUGAAUGAACGCGAGGGAUUAACGGCAGGUGGAGCUGUGACGAUUGCUGUGUCUAUAAGAACGUCGCCCAGCAUGCAAGGAAACUGAGAAGACAUUGGUUCAACAUGACGCCCCCCCCGCCCUCAUCUCAGCCAUAGAACACACGCACACCCUCACACACACACACACACACACACACCCACGCGCAGAAGAACACACACCAUCACACUACAGCCCCAGGUGUGUCAGGGUUUGUGAGGUGUGCUCUUUGAGGGAUCAUGUCUGUGGUCUUUGCGCCCGACGGGAUGAAGGAGGGCGACGGCUCUCUGUCCACCGAGGCUCCCGCAGGCAUCAGAGGUAAAAACAGCCCGUCGGCGCCCGCUAAAGACUCCAACACCGACAGCACGGAACCAGACGACAACCUCUCCCAGGAUGCACAAAGACGCUGUCAGAAUCAUGGCCACACUAGGAAACGAGCCAAGUCGAAUGCAAAGCUCAAGCUGGUGAGGAGUCUUGCAGUUUGUGAGGAGUCUUCAGGACCGUUUUCCACCGACGGUCCUCCGGAAACACAGGACAUCAUUCAGCUUCACAUCAGCUGUCCAUCUGACAAAGAGGAAGAGAAAUCCUCGAAAGACGAGUACGAGAAUGAAGAAAGGGAAAAGAAGGAUAAAACUCCACGCAAGAUGCUUUCGCGCGACUCCAGUCAGGAAUACACCGAUUCCACAGGGAUCGACGUGCACGAGUUCCUGGUGAACACACUAAAAAACAACCCCAGAGACAGAAUGAUGCUGCUCAAGCUGGAACAGGACAUCCUGGAUUUCAUUAAUGAUGAGAAUAAUCAGUACAAGAAGUUUCCUCAGAUGACCUCAUAUCAUCGCAUGCUGCUGCAUCGGGUCGCCGCCUACUUCGGCAUGGAUCACAACGUGGACCAAACGGGCAAAGCGGUCAUCAUCAACAAGACCAGCAACACACGCAUCCCCGAGCAGAGGUUCUCCGAGCACAUCAAAGACGAGCGCAACAUGGACUUCCAGAAGAAGUUCAUCCUGAAGCGAGACGAUGCCAGCAUGGAUAAAGACGAUAAUCAGAUCCGGGUUCCGCUGCAGGACGGCCGCCGCAGUAAGUCCAUCGAGGAGCGAGAGGAGGAGUACCAGCGCGUCAGAGACCGCAUCUUUGCACGAGAAUCCUCACAGAAUGGAUACAUCAAUGAUAACAGACUGUCCACUGACGGCUACUCCUCGUCCUCCCAAAAGCGGAGGCAGAUUUUUAGGGGGAACAGGGAAAGCUCCAGCCGAGCGUCCAGCAGUCGUCAGAGCAGCACCGACAGCGACAUGAAGAGCCUGGAGCCGCGUCCGUGGAGCAGCACCGACUCGGACAGCUCCAACCGCACGCUCAGGCCUCCGGUCACCAAAGCCAGCAGCUUCAGCGGCAUCUCCAUCCUCACGAGAGGAGACAGUCUGGGCAGCAAGGGCUCGCAGGGCAGCGCCAGGGGCUCCCGCACAGGUCUUCCCACAAUCGCUCCAGACGUCUGUCCCUCGGCUCCACCGCCCCAGCAGAGCCGCGGGCUCCUGCCCUGUCCCCCGAACUGUCCCUCCGGGGCCCCUCAGACCCAGAGCCAACCGGCCCCCCCGCCGCUGCUGCCCACCCCGACUCACGCACACACACACACUCACACACAGCACGCCAUCAGCGCGCACAAUCACAUGCUGCCUCAGCCGGUGGCGUCUCUGCAGCCGUCUGCGCAGGCUGUGUCUUACUCAAACCCUUCGUGCCCUCAGGUCAUCCUGCCUGUUUCUCCUUCCCAGCAGUAUAACAUGGGAGAUGAGCUGACUCCAGGGUUCGGGCAGAUGUCUCUGAGUCGUCAGAGCUCCAGCGAGGCUCCAGAGACGUCCGGUCUGUACCAGCCUCCGCCCGCCGUACUGUCCCAGCAUCCUCCACCCCAGCCCAGCUACAUCAUGCCCCCGCCGCCCUCUGGAUACCAGCCUGCCGCUCCACACCCGCAUCCUCCUCCACCUCCACCUCCACCAACACAACCCAUCCUACAGACAGCUCCACCCACCCAGGGAUACAUGCAGCCUCCGCCGCAGCAGAUCCAGGUUCAGUAUUACUCCACCGGAGGACAGUAUCCGAGUUCAGGCCAGCAGUUUCGCUCCAUCUCUCACCAGGUGUCAUACCCCACACAGCGCUCUCAGCCUCUGCCUCCACCGGCGCAGCCCUCCGCUCCUCUCCAGCCCAUGAUGACCAAUCAGCAGCCUGCGUACCAGGGCAUGAUGGGAGUCCAGCAGCCUCAGAGCGCCAGCAUGAUGAACACGCAGCGCACGGCCAUGAACGGACAGAUGCCGGGCAUGAUGGUCCAGUACCCACCCAUGCCCUCUUAUCAGGUGCCAGUAGCUAAUGAGAGUCAGUCCGUGGUGCAGCAGCAGUACCAGCAGCCCGUCAUGGUUCCUGCCAGUCAGUCAGUACAGGGAGCCCUGCCGCCCGCGGCACCCAUGCCCGUCUACUACAGCGUACUGACGCCCACACAACAGAACAGCACAAGUCCAUCUGUGGGUUACCUGCAGCCGCCCAGUUCAGACCAGUACCAGAUGACCCAGUCUGCCUCCCCCUGCAGCCCUCAGCCCAUGCAACAGCAGUAUUCAGGGGUUCCUCCUCCUGGUCCUGGUGUGAUGGUGAUGCAGCUCAGUGUCCCUAACGGCCCGCAGCCGACCCAGAAUCCUCCGCUGGUUCAGUGGAACCCCUGCAAGUACUACAGCAUGGAGCAGAGACCCAGCAAGCCUGAGCCACAGGUCAGCACUCAGCUCAGCAGUCCUCUGGCGUCUCCCACACAGUCUCCGGCUCCGUCUCCGUCUGGCAGCGUGAACACUGUGUGUCCAGGUCUAGGCCCGCUGCCUCUCAUCUCACAGUUCCCUCGGCCCGGCGGCCCAGCACAAGCAGAUGGACGCUACUCUUUACUGGGGCAGCCGCUGCAGUACAGUCUGUGUCCUCCUCCCAUCAUGCACAACCACAACCAGUCAUCCUACAGCUCCCAUCAGAGUCAGGGAGUGAUGAAGCACGGAGCGCGGGGUAAAAGACAAACACUCAAAUCAGCCUCUACAGACCUGGGAACUACUGACGUGGUGGUGAGUCGGGUGCUGGAAGUGACCGAUCUCCCCGAGGGUAUUUCUCGUCCGGAGGCCGAGAAGCUCUUCAACCAGCUCUCGCUCUGCGGCGCCAAGAUCCAGUGGCUGAAGGACCCCCAGUGUCCCCGGGGCCCCGGCGGCGGGCGAGGAGAUGCCAGCGACCCCGCUAACCUCUACACCGUGGUGGCCGUGUUCCCAAACACAAUGGCGGCCCAGAGCGCCUCCUUCAAACUCAACAACAGCGGCGGGAGUUUGUUCAAACUGCGCGCCACCAAAAAGAACUAUGACCUGCGCGUGCUGGAGCGAGCGAGCUCGCAGUGAGCUGGGAGAGAGAGAGAGAGGAAGUCCAAGAUGUCAAAGGGAAGAGAUCAUCCUGGGAUAUUUUUUAUUGUUUUCUAUCAUUAACAGAAGAGCACAUAUGACACAGAGGCGUGUUUCGUUGUAUGCGUAUCGUACGACGCGCACACUCUUAAAGAGACAGUUCAGAUGAAAAUGAUAUCGUUUGCUCGCUUUCAUGGCGUUCCAAACCUGUAUGACUGGAUUUGUUCUGUGGAACGAGCAGAUGUUUUGGAGAACGUUGGUGAAAAUGCAAUGGAAGUCAUUGGGUACCAAAACAUUUCAUUGCCUGGCUGUUUUUUGCUUUUUGUGCGCGUGUUCUUCAGAGAUAAAAAGAAAUUCAUACAGGUGUUGAACGACAUGAAGGCAAGUGAAUUCUGACGCAAUUUUUGUGCAAACUAUCGUGAUUUCCUUUUUUCUGUGGAACAUGCGAGUGGAUUUUUUUAAAUUUUAUUUUAAAUUUUUUGCCGGCAUUUUUUUUAUUUUUUUAUAAGAACGUUCAAAGACACAAAGGUGAGAAAAUGAUUACAGAUAUUUUUGCAUGAACUGUCUCUUUAAUAAAAGGAUAGUUCAGGCGUAAUGAAGAUCUUGUCUUCGUUUACUCACCUUCAUGUGUUUCCAAACCUGUUGGGCUCUCUUUCUUCUGUGGAACAUAAAAGCACGUGUUUUGAAGGAUAUUGGGCUCCAAACCGUCUUCGCUCGCGUUGUCUUCUAUUCCAUGGAAAUACAGUGGAAGUCAAUGGGAACCGGGAAUGUUUGUUUGCCAGUAUUCAUUUCAGUAUUAAUGAUCAUGCUUUUGCAACAGAAAGAAAUGUUUAGAGGUUUGGAGCGACAUGGAUGCGAGUAAACCGUGACGGGUUUUUUCAUUUUUAGGCAAACUAAAGAGAGAGUUUACCCCAAAAUGAAAGCUCUGUCGUCCUUUACUCACAUUCAUGUCGCUCUGAACCGAAAAGACAUUUUUAUUCGGUGGAAUAUAAAAGAUAUUUUGAAGAAUGUUGGGAAUCCAACCGGUUCCCAUUGCAGUGUAUGGAAAUCCAAUGGGGACCGUUUUUUUUUCACAUGAUUUUGAAGAAAGAAACGUAUUUAUUGAAAUUGUUUUUUUGUUUUGUUUUUUCUUUAAAAGGAUGAUUCAGGCUUAAAUGAAGAUCUUGUCUUACCUUCAUAUAUAUAUAUUUAUAUAUAUAUAUAUAUAUAUAUAUAUAUAUAUAUAUAUAUAUAUAUAUAUAUAUAUAUAUAUAUAGCACUGAAGAAAUAUUGCAAAAAGAUCCAUACAUGGCGAUGUUUGACAUCAUAUAGACUCGUGUGAAGACUUCAGAAGACUUCUAUGGUACUCUAAUCUCGUUCGUGGAGCUCAAGCGGCCAAAUAAAGCUGGGAUGUCCUUCCCAAGCAGAAGAAAGGAAGUCGAGUGGGUUUGAUCUGAACUGUGUCUUUAACGAAGCCUCGUCUCUCCACGCGCUCAUCCGUCUUCGUCUCUCUCUCUUCCUCUGGCGAGCUCUCUCUCUCUCUCAUCAUCUUCUCUCUCUCACGUUGUUCACUUUGGAUUUCUUCCUCUUCUCACUUUCUAGCGUCUCUUGCUUUCUGUUUUGCCUUAACGCUGUUGUGGACUUCUGUAUCGCGCUGUUUAUUUUCUCUCUCUCUCUCUCUCUCUCUCUCUCUCUCUCUCUCUCUCAGAUGAAUCUUCUUUUCUCGGUUCAGUAUAUUUAUAUAAGUGAUGUAAGGAUUAUAAGAAAAUCUAUAUAUUCAGUGAUUCUUUUCCCGUGGAUAAGUUGAAGCUCCUCCUCCUCCUCUCCUCGUUGUGUUUGCGUUUUUCCGUGGACAGCUGUGCAGAAAGUAUCUGAGGUAUUUAAAAGUGCACAAUGAUUGCGAAUGUCUACUGUAAAUUCCAUUUAAUCUGUUAUUUUUUGUUCGUUUUUAAAAAUAUAAAAGAUAACUCAAA